AAAAAAAAAAAAAAAAAAAUUGCAAACAAGAAAGAGAGGGAUUCGAAAACCCUUGAAAAACCCUCUUCAAGGGUUGGUUCUGUGCGGUGUAAAAUCUUGAAACAGCAAUAACAGGAGAAAAAGAAGAGGAGAGAAAUGAACAGGGCAUCCCCACACCACGAAGAAGAAGAAGAAGAAGAAGAAGAGAACGACGCCCAAGUCUUUCUCGACGAAUCCGACAUCAUCCACGAAGUCCCACUCGACGAAGAAGAUCUUCCUGAUGCAGAUGACGAAGCCGCCUCUGAUGCUGAAGUUUUCGAGGAGCCUGAUGAUGAUUCUGUGCACGUCUUCACUGGUCAUACUGGUGAGCUGUACACAGUUGCCUGCAGCCCAACUGAUGCUACAUUAGUGGCAACUGGAGGAGGAGAUGAUAAAGGUUUUCUUUGGAGGAUUGGUCAAGGAGAUUGGGCUUUUGAGCUCCAAGGUCAUAGGGAUUCUGUUUGUAGUUUAGCCUUUAGCACUGAUGGACAGUUGCUAGCAUCUGGAUCCUUGGACGGAAUCAUUCAAAUCUGGGACGUACAGUCAGAAAAUCUCAAAUGCUCAUUUGAAGGGCUUGGAGGGGGCAUUGAGUGGAUCAAGUGGCAUCCGAGAGGACAUUUGGUAUUAGCUGGCUCAGAGGAUUGCACUGUUUGGAUGUGGAAUGCUGACAAAGGUGCCUGUCUCCAGACAUUUUCAGGACAUGGUGGCAGUGUCACUUGUGGUGAUUUUACCCCCGAUGGUAAACUAGUCUGUACUGGUUCUGAUGAUGCAACUUUGAGGAUAUGGGAUCCAAAAAGUGGUGAAAACAUUCAUGUGGUAAGAGGUCAUCCGUAUCAUACUGAAGAACUUACAUGCAUGGCGAUAAGCCCUGAUUCUACACUUGCCCUUACUGGUUCUAAGGAUGGUUCCAUCCACAUUGUAAAUUUAACAACUGGGAAGGUUGUCAGUUCACUGGUUUCACACUCAGAUUCGAUUGAAUGUAUUAGUUUUGGACCAAGCCACGGGCCAAGCUCUCUUUGGGCUGCAACUGGAGGCAUGGAUCAUAAGCUUAUUAUCUGGGAUCUGCAGCACUCAAUGCCCCGUAGCACAUGCGAACAUGAGGAUGGAGUGACAUGCUUGACAUGGCUUGGUGCAUCCAAUUACCUGGCUACAGGUUGUGUUGAUGGGAAAGUACGAUUAUGGGAUGGUCGCUCUGGUGAUUGUAUAAAAACCUUCGGUGGGCAUGAUGCUGCGAUUCAGUCCCUUUCUGUAUGUGCUAACCGCAAUUUCAUCGUUUCAGUUUCAAUUGAUGAAACUGCCAGAGUUUUUGAGAUUGCAGAGUUUCUGUAAACAAAUAAGCCUUUUUAUGCUUACAGCUUUUUUGGGUCUUCCUGGGGUAUCAAAGUUUUCUACUUACAAAGAAACAAAUUGUUUAUUACCAAUAUAUACUUUAUGGCUACUGAAUUUGUGACAUUUUAUUAUACACAAUGUAGUUUUAUUUUUUAUUUUUUUAUAAAGUUUCUUUCUAAUUAGAAUUAAAA